AUGCGGCCGGAGGCACGAUGCACUCACUUGGGUGCCGCUGCCUCCACAGACGCCAGCAGCAGCGGCCAAGAGCAGCAGGAUGACCUCCAGAUUUGGUGGAAGGUGAAGCCAUCGCAGUCUGCGCCGCCGCGGCAGGGCCUCAUGGCCAAGGGGGAGGGGCGGUUCAUCAAUGAGACCGUCAUUGGUUUUGCCGGCUCCACACGCACUGGGCGCACCACCGCUGUGGGCAGCCAGCUGGACUUGCCACAGGUGGAGCCCCUGUUCUGCUACCUACUGCUGGCUGCGCAGCUGAGCGUGUACGCAGUGGGGACGUGGAUAGGCGCCACGCAGGGUGCCGAGGCGUCUAUGGCGAUGGCGAUGGAGCUGGCGCUGCAGCCAUCGGCGGUGCUGUCAACGGCGGGCGACAGCGAGUGGUGGCGGCUGGGCAGCUGCCUGCUGCUGCACAACGGCAUGCCCCACCUGGCUCUGGACACCUUUGCCCUGGCAUACCUCGGGCCUGACGCAGAGGCUCUGCUGGGCCACUUUCCUUUCCUGUCCAUAUACUUCCUGUCCGGCCUCACCGCCGCCGCCACCAGCCUCCUGUUUGGCGCCGACGUCGCCACGGCCGGCGCCACGGGUGCCCUGCUGGGCGUGAUUGGCGCCAUGGCGGGCUACGAGGCGGCCAACAAGGAGCUCAAGGCGCACGGGGAGCUGGGGCGCGGGGGCAGCAACCAGAUCGGCUCCCCCUGGGGUGCUGCCGCCCUCGGGGGCUGCGCGCUGCUGCUGGGCCUGCUGCCGGGCAACGGCCCCCUGGCUAUUGACGAUGCCGCGCAGCUGGCCGGCGCUCUCGCAGGCGCGUGGCUGGGCUACAACGUAGGCCCUCGCUUCACAGUCACGCGCGAGGUGGACAUCCCGGAGGGCUCCAUGCUCGUGCCACAGCAGCCCUUCCUUUGA